AUGGAUUCAUCGGAAGGGAUAGUUCCGAGCUUCUGCAUCGGACAGCAUGAGAGCAAGCGCACCAUUCCAAUUACUUCGGAGGUGGUACAACUGGCGCAUGAAAGUAAUUAUGACAUGCUCACUACUCCGAUUACAACCUCCCACUUCCACUCGCGGGUGCUCAGUCUCCUUUCAUCUCAUCUAUCAAAUAUACAGGCUGUGUCUCGUGAUGAUCCUGGGACGCUAAUGACCACAGAGAAUGUUCGGCCGUUCGUUGUUCCACAACUAGGUCCGGCCGAUACAAGUUUAACCCCAAACGAAGCAAUGUCCCAAUUGAUGGGAGUGACCAGUUCUUGGAUUGAUUUGUGUUCUCCAGAUCCAUUGAUUGCAGACAUCUCCCGUCAGGUCUUUAUGCUCGAGGUUGCUUACGCUGCUUUCUGUGGCAUUGGAUACCUUUUGGUCCCAGGGCCGAAACUGCACCAUAAUGGAAUGCACUCGGAGGGAGUGAUAUACUACGCGCGGGCAAUUCAGGAUGCGAUCAACCUAGGCCCGUACAUCCAGUUCCAUAUUUGGUUAAACAUGGUCGACAAUCAGGAUCUUGAAUCAGAUGAAAUGGGCGACCUUGCACCCUUUGCUAGGGAGGAGUUCUUUUAUAACAACGGGAUGGAACCACCGAAGAUAGAUCUUUUCGGUACUUGGGAUGCCUGGGAUGCCAUUAGAAGAACCUGUAAAUACCAUUCAAGGCUUUUCGUAGCUCUCCCGCUACCAAAAAACCUACCGCCAAUGAGUGUGCAAUCUAGGUGGCAUUCGGAGCCAGUCCACCUGUUCACCAUCGAUCCCAACACAUUCAUCAAGAACCAAAAAGGUUAUCCAGUCCUGGGUAAAUCACACCAGGCUUUGAUUUCCCGGUUUAUGCGCCUGCGGACUGCACCAUGGAUCUUACUUUGUGAUGUCGGAUCCCUCCCAGGUUUAGAGGCAGACCCCUCCGGGGCGAAUGUGCUCAACCUUCCUGGCACCGAAUACCCGAGUCUUGUGCAGGCCGCAGCCUCGAACAAAAAGUAUAUUGACCCAACUCCACAUCUAUCGUACAUGAGAAAUCUCCAGCAACGUCAGCCUCCCCGAACCGCUAUCGAAAGAUUUGGCGUCGGCUACCAAGACUAUCUCCAGGCACCAUUGCAGCCGUUGACCGUCAACCUGGAAAGCAUCACUUAUGAAGUAUUCGAGAAGGACCCUAUAAAGUACGAAUGGUAUGAACGUGCAAUCGCAAAGGCACUCACCGAUUGGGUGGAGCAAAAGAAGCCCGCCUCUAAUCCUGAUGGACGAGUAGUCGUCGCGGUGGUCGGGGCUGGAAGGGGCCCGUUGGUGACUCGGGCACUUAAUGCUAGUGCUCAGUCAGGCAUUGAAAUCGACCUGUGGGUUGUAGAAAAGAACCAAAACGCAUUUGUUCUCCUCCAGCGCCACAAUGAGAAUAUCUGGGGAGGAAAGGUAAAUCUUGUCCACUCUGAUAUGCGUGCGUGGAAAGGGCCCAUUGUGCAGAAGAAGACGUCUACACCAGCAGCACCUGUCGGGCAAACUCUCGGCAUUGAAGACCAGUUACUCUACGCCCCAGACGGUAAAAAAGCAGCUGGUCCCUCAACUGAGGAGAUCACCGAGUCUGUGCACGCCAAAAUUGACAUAGUAAUAUCCGAGCUACUAGGGUCCUUUGGUGACAAUGAACUUUCACCGGAGUGUCUAGAUGGCGUCAACCAUCUACUGAAUCCAGAGCACGGCAUCUCGAUUCCAGCCUCCUACACAGCGCACUUCACGCCAAUCUCGGCGCCAAAGCUCCAUGCGGAUGUUACAAACCAAACGGUCUCGAAUCCUGCAGCGCCUGAAACACCAUACGUAGUCAUGUUACAUGCUAUUGAUUACCUUUCCACCGAUCAAUCCGAUUCCAACUAUAGCAGUGUCAGAUCUUCAGUUACAACAGUUCCGUCCGAGACGACAACGCCGUACAUCCAGACUGCGUGGUCUUUCUCCCACCCUAACCGAGAUAUACCACCCCAGCCGCCUUCCACCUCAAUGAUCUCUAAUGCGCACAAUGUGCGUAAGACACGACUAGCCUUCCCGGUCCCGAACCGUGGGGUCUGUCACGGCCUUGGGGGUUAUUUCGAAACGGUUCUAUAUCCCGGUGUAGAACUUUCCACCAACCCAGUUACCAUGGAAAGCAAGAGUGCCAAUAUGAUCAGUUGGUUCCCAAUAUACUUUCCGCUUAAGACCCCGCUUAGUGUCCCAGACAACGGCGAAAUUGUCGUCACAAUGUACAGACAGACCGAUGACCGAAAGGUGUGGUACGAGUGGAUGGUGGAAGUUUUCGCUAUCGAGGGUGCCCCUGAGCCAUCAUCUGCAUCGGAGCGCAUCGCCCCAGUGAUGAGCGGAGCCAGAAAUAUUUCGCCAGGCGCAGAUAGCGCUGGCAACAAAGACGCCAAUACGGAUACUUACAGUAAGGCGUCGCAGAGGAGAGCACGCGGUCCAAGGCGAGUGAGGGUGGGGAUUAGUGAUCUACACUCAAGCAUUAAGGAUGGAUGUCUUAUGUAG